AUGCCGUGGACUGUGACAAAUUCGUUCAAACGAAGCCUCAUGAAGACGUACGGAAGACCAACGUGGCGCUGCUUGGACGAUGACCGCCGCCCGGUUGCAAAACGGAGACGUCUACAGCCCGGAGAUGAAUCCGAUGAAGCUGAAUCCAACCUUCAAUAUGCUAUACGCGAGUGCUCGGCCGCCGUGCUUUCCAGUCCGUCGCGUCACAAUUCGGCCGUUUCCUCCGAUGACUCUCAUGAUGACGACCUCUCGACCCCUCCGUCCUCGCCGCCAAAGUUGAGUCCUCCGCCGGUCAAUACACGCAAGCCGACCUUUUCGUUUCUCAAACGCAAGCAUUCAUCCAAGGAUGUGACCAGUAAUGGCUCACCACUCGCCGAGGUCAACUCCAAUAGUGUGCGGUCCUCCAUGGACCCGCCAAAGAAGAAAACACAGCAACAGCAACCAGUGCUGAAACAGAUGCAGAUCGACCUGGGACACGAUGUGAGGAAGACCUGUCCUACAUGUGGGAUGGAAUAUGUCCCGUCAAACGCGGAAGACGUAGCAUUGCACAAGAAAUACCAUGAUAGGAAUUCCUCGGGCGUGGAUCUAGGUAAGGCUUUUAUGAGAGCAAAUGCUUCUCGUUGGGUCUACGAAGCUACGCGAUUCGACGAGGGUUAUGUUGUGAUUGUAGAUCGCAAAGCUUCGCCCACUGCACGGAAUCAAGCAAAAAAGGUUCUGGAAGUCGUCAACAAAGAGCUGUCGUCGCCUGAAAUUGCAGACGAUGCUUUAUGGAGCCAGGUAGAGCCUCCAAAGCAUCUCCAACGAAAUGGGACGAUUGAGAAAACAGACCGGUACAGGGUCUUUCUCCAUAUGAAGGAUAGCCGCUGUGUAGGGCUAUGUCUUACAGAGCGCAUCUGGGAAUCACGACUAGUGGAGUGCACCCCGUCUACGGAUGCGGAUAAAACGAAUGGUGCUGAGCAGUCGAACCGUGCCUCCAUCAGGGUUCGCGACGAAAUACACCCAGCAAUCGUGGGGAUCUCGCGCAUCUGGACCUCAGCUUCGUCCCGGAGGAAAGGCAUUGCCAUGGAUCUUUUGGACUGUGUGGUAAACAAUUUCACCUACGGCAUGGAGAUCCCGAAGGACCGCAUCGCGUUCAGUCAGCCUACCGAAAGUGGAAGACUUUUGGCGGAAGCCUUCUUCGGACCGGACGAGCAGUGGCAUGUGUAUAGUGAAAGCUGA